AGUGCCAUGUCAUCAACCCCUGUAAGAAGUCCAGGACGCGACUGAUGAGCACCAGAUCUUCGGCUCAGGACCUGCCAUGUCAGAUCUGCUAUCUGAACUACCCAAACUCAGUCAGUAUUACCAGCCUAUCUGCUAUCUGAACUACCCAAACUCAGUCAGUAUUACCAGCCUAUCUGCUAUCUGAACUACCCAAACUCAGUCAGUAUUACCAGCCUAUCUGCUAUCUGAACUACCCAAACUCAGUCAGUAUUACCAGCCUAUAUACUAUCUGAACUACCCAAACUCAGUCAGUAUUACCAGCCUAUAUACUAUCUGAACUACCCAAACUCAGUCAGUAUUACCAGCCUAUAUACUAUCUGAACUACCCAAACUCAGUCAGUAUUACCAGCCUAUAUACUAUCUGAACUACCCAAACUCAGUCAGUAUUACCAGCCUAUAUACUAUCUGAACUACCCAAACUCAGUCAGUAUUACCAGCCUAUAUACUAUCUGAACUACCCAAACUCAGUCAGUAUUACCAGCCUAUAUACUAUCUGAACUACCCAAACUCAGUCAGUAUUACCAGCCUAUAUACUAUCUGAACUACCCAAACUCAGUCAGUAUUACCAGCCUAUAUACUAUCUGAACUACCCAAACUCAGUCAGUAUUACCAGCCUAUCUGCUAUCUGAACUACCCAAACUCAGUCAGUAUUACCAGCCUAUAUACUAUCUGAACUACCCAAACUCAGUCAGUAUUACCAGCCUAUAUACUAUCUGAACUACCCAAACUCAGUCAGUCAUAUAUUACCAGCCUAUUACUAUCUGAACUACCCAAACUCAGUCAGUCAUAUAUUACCAGCCUAUAUACUAUCUGAACUACCCAAACUCAGUCAGUCAUAUAUUACCAGCCUAUAUACUAUCUGAACUACCCAAACUCAGUCAGUCAUAUAUUACCAGCCUAUAUACUAUCUGAACUACCCAAACUCAGUCAGUCAUAUACCAGCCUAUAUACUAUCUGAACUACCCAAACUCAGUCAGUAUUACCAGCCUAUAUACUAUCUGAACUACCCAAACUCAGUCAGUCAUAUAUUAGAAUUGUAUUACCAGCCUAUAUACUAACUGUAAUUUCCUCUGGAUAAGAGCGUCUGCUAAAGGUCAAAAUGUAUUGGGCUCGCUGUGCGACGGUUCCAUACAAUGGAUCAAAAACAUUAACACACUCGUGUUAGUGUUUUAACAUUUGAGUGUUCUGUUUCUCAGGUAGGUUGUGGGUUCAAUUCCUUCAGGGAUCACUCUCUGUGAUGUGUCGUGACAUGCAUUACAGCACUGUAGAUCUUAGAUCUCCAGGAAAGGUUUCUAAUGAUCGUUAUAUUACACAGCUUAUAGAGCUAAGGACCGAUCAGUUCUUCAGACUAGAAGGAGUUUAUAGAACAGCCAUCUGGUCUCCUGAGGCAAGACACAGGCCCGCAGUCCAAAUGGCACCCUAUUCCCUAUAUAGUACGCUACUACCAGUGGACCCUGAUCAAAAGUAGUAUACUACAUGGGGAAUAGGGUGCCAUUUGAGACGCUGUCCUAGACUUUUUUUUAUAUGGGAAGAGAUAAUUGUUGUGUUGAUGUAUUGCAGGGUCAGGGGUCAGCUGCAUCAUGUGACGUAAGUCUGUUGUAUUGCAGGGUCAGGGGUCAGCUUAAUCAUGUGACGUAAGUCUGUGUUGACGUAGGGUCAGAGGUCAGCUGAAUCAUGUGACGUAAGUCUGUUGUAUUGCAGGGUCAGGGGUCAGCUUAAUCAUGUGACGUAAGUCUGUGUUGACGUAGGGUCAGAGGUCAGCUGAAUCAUGUGACGUAAGUCUGAUUUAUUGCAGGGUCAGGGGUCAGCUGUAAGUCCAGCACAGUGGUUUUUAUUUAGGUAAUGCUCUGCGUUAUUUCACCUUUACUGAUUCAGGGUAGUCUCUCAGUGAGACCAAUGUCUCUUACCAGGGAGCCUUGAUUCACAAAACACACAUUCCGUAAGGAGUUAUUGACACCAUCUCCGUGUUCUGAGACUUGGUUAGGUGACUGUCCCUCAUACUUGGAUUAAGAGACAGGCUAGUCCCUGUGUUGUGUUGCCUGUAUAGUGCACUCCUUUUUGACCAGAGCCCUAUUGGACGCAGAUGAAGCUGUGACAAACAUUGGAUACCUGAGGCUCAGCUGUUUUGGUGUGGUGGUGUCUGAAAUCAAAAGGAAGGAUUGCCCAUCUCUGAUUGGAUACCUGAGGCUCAGCUGUUUUGGUGUGGUGGUGUCUGAAAUCUAAAAGAAUGUGUUUUGUUUUCCACAGUAUUUCACUGGCCUGGAGUGUGGACACAAGUUCUGCAUGCAGUGCUGGGGAGAUUACCUGACGACCAAAAUCAUGGAGGAGGGGAUGGGA